UAUGAAGAUGUUUAGACGCAAACUGAAUUUGGUUGGAGCGGCAAUCGGACCAGUUUUGAUGUAUCUUUGCAGCAGGGAGUCUCAUUGUAUUUGUUCUUCCUCGCAGAACGUAUUGAAGUGCAUUGCCACUUUCUUAUUCUCCUUUCAAUCUUUUUUGGCGUGUAAAUUUAUCAAGAAUGUACCAAAGCGGAUGACUUAAGGAGAGAAAUCAGGGAGAGCAAAAAGCAGCUCCUUCCAAUGAAUUCAAUAUUUCAACACUCUUCUUCUCCGCCGCGUUCAACUGCCGCCAUUACCACCCUUCUUAAGGCCUGCAAGACCAUUCAUCACCUCUACCAAGUCCACGCCUCCAUCAUCCAACGAGGCCUAGAGCAAGAUCACCUCAUCAUCUCCCGCUUCAUUUCCCUUUCCGCCUCCUUUGCCGCCACUGCUUCAUAUUACACCGCCGUCUUCGACUGCGUCCUUGGCCCUUCCCCUUUCCUCUGGAACUCCCUCAUUGGAGCCCACACCAAAGGAAGUUACUUUUUCGACACCCUCUCUGCUUUUAUUCGCAUGAAGGCACAUGGGUCCCUUCCGGAUAGGUACACUUACUCUUCUGUGAUUAAGGCUUGUUCAAGCAUGUGCAGAUCCUGGGAAGGAAAAUUGCUCCAUGGCUCGGCGUUGAGGUGUGGGGUUGAAGGUGAUAUGUUUGUUGGAACCUGUUUGGUCGAUAUGUAUGGAAAAUGUGGAAAGAUUGGUGACGCUCGCAAGGUGUUUGAUGGAAUGUCUGAGAAGAAUGCAGUUUCAUGGACGGCUAUGGUGGUUGGCUAUGUGAAGGUUGGGGAUAUGGUGGAGGCAAAGAGGCUGUUUGAUGAAAUGCCGCAGAGGAAUGUGGCAUCAUGGAAUGCGAUGAUAUGGGGUUUUGUGAAGGUGGGGGAUUUGGGCAAUGCUAGGGUAGUACUUGAUGCUAUGCCGGAAAAGAGUGUUGUUUCUUUCACGAUCAUGAUUGAUGGCUAUGCAAAGGCUGGUGACAUGGCUACCUCAAGGUUCUUGUUUGACCAAGCUCCGGAAAAGGAUAUUGUUGCAUGGUCUACUUUGAUAUCAGGGUAUGUACAGAAUGGUCAACCUAACAGGGCCUUGAGAGUAUUUCUUGAGAUGGAAUCAAUGAAUGUGAAACCUGAUGAAUUCAUAUUGGUUAGCUUGAUGUCAGCUUCUUCUCAGUUGGGUAAUUUAGAACUGGCUCGAUGGGUUGAUUCUUAUGUAAACAAGAGCUCUAUUGAUAUGAAACAGGACCAUGUGAUUGCAGCGCUUCUGGAUAUGAAUGCUAAAUGUGGAAACAUGGAAAGGGCAUUAAAAUUAUUUGAAGAAACGCCUAACCGUGAUCUAGUCUCAUAUUGUUCGAUGAUACAAGGGUUGUCAAUUCAUGGAUUCGAGGAAGAUGCACUGAAUUUCUUUAACAGGAUGGUGAAGGAUGGGCUAACUCCGGAUGAGGUGGCCUUCAAAAUCAUUCUAACAGCUUGUAGUCAUGCUGGACUUGUUGAUGAGGGCUGGAACUACUUCCGCUCCAUGAAGGAAAAGUACUGCAUUAGUCCUUCACCUGAUCACUAUGCAUGUAUGGUUGACCUUCUAAGUCGAUCAGGGCAUUUACGGGAUGCUUAUGAGCUUAUAAAAGUAAUGCCAGUGGAGCCUCAUGCUGCUGCCUGGGGUGCACUUCUUGCGGCAUGUAAAGCAUAUGGUGAUUCAGAGUUAGGAGAGAUUGCUGCUAAUCAACUUUUUGAGAUUGAACCUCAAAAUGCUGCUAACUAUGUGCUGUUGUCUAACAUCUAUGCAGCAGCAAAUCGAUGGAUAGAUGUUUCCCUUGUAAGAACGAAGAUGAGGAACAGUAGGGUGCGGAAGGUACCUGGUUGCAGUCAGUUUAAUCCAGACUUGGGCUCUUUGGCCUUUUAAGCUUCCAAAAUUGCAUAUAUGAAGCUGUCAAUAAGAAAAUUUUGGUUGCAUAAGCUAAGCUGCUAAACAUCGUGUAAGCUUGGAGUAUGAUAUUGAAAGACCAAGAAUAAGUUCUGAUAAAGGUCAUGGCUGAUCCAACCUCACUUGCUCCUCAAAAGGGUCAAUCCUCUUCUUCUGAUCAGUUGAUCUUGAAAGAGUUGCAAGGGACACUCAUCGUUAUCUAGGAGCAGACCUUGAAUAAGAGAUUUAGUUCUGCAUUGUAUAAGAGAGAAGAUGGAUGUGAUUGACUUGGAGGAUGAAUCGAGUGAUAUUGAGAUUUUGAAUUCUAUGGUUGUCACCAAUGAGCACUUCCAAACUGCUUUGACUUCUUCAAACCCAUCUGUGUUGUGUGCAAUAGUUCCAAAUGUUUCCUAUGAUGAUAUUGGAGGUCUAGAGAAAUGUUAAAAGGGAGCUUCAAGAGAUGGUUCAAUACCCGGUGGAACAUGCUGAGAAGUUUGAGAAAUUUGGCAUGUCGCCUUCCAAAGGCUUCGGAGUUCUCUUUGGCUUCAAUUUAAACCUGAACAUAUUGCUGCUGGAGCUGCAUAUCUUGCUGCCAAGUUUCUCAACAUGGAUCUUGCUGCUGAUCGGAACAUCUGGCAAGAGUUCCAGACAACACCAUCCAUUCUUCAAGAUGUCUCGCAGCAAUUAUUGGAGCUCUUCUGUAAGUAUAAAAGAACAAGAUAGCAUUUACCUUGUAGAGUAGAUUCUAAGUACAUAGUCAAAAUGUCGCAGAGUUGAAGUAGUAUGAGCCACAUAUAAUCAGUGUUGGGAAGUUUGAUAAAUAAUUUGGCAGAUUACAGCCGUGUUUCAGCAUCUCAUGUAUACUUUUAUUAAACCUGGA